AUGCAUAUUUCUGAAUUUCUACUACCAAGUCUACCAAUCGAGUCACCAACAAAUGAUUCGUUUAACCUUNUUGCUGCUAUACAAGAGCAGGAUUUGUUACCUAUCGUGGAAACUGUCGAGAUCUGGCCCAAGACCAUAAGUCAAGAAGCCCUUCUUCCAUGGAUCGAUGUUUACUUCAAGCGCCUACAUCCAACUGUGCCUGUUCUGAGUCGCGCUAUCAUCUACCAGGAAAUGCUACUCAGGACUCACCACCAUGAUCCUCAAUUCGGCGCAAUGCUCCUUGCGCUCUGCGCUNUUGCAAUGACUCAACCAGUUCAAAUCCAUGAGGUCGCCUCGACACCUUCGCGGUCUGUUCAAGCCCGUAUGCUGUUGGAAGAAUCCAUCAAGAUGAGAAUGACUGUGGACUUUGGAGAGAACCCUUCAGUCUAUAUGAUACUCACCAGCUUCUUCAUAUUUGCUUGUCUCUUUGGGAACGGCCAACACAAAGCAGCGCACCACCGGCUACGAGAGGCUGUUGACCUUGCUAAUUCUCUGUCCAUGCACUUACCACAAGCAUACGACAGCCUUGAUAUCGAGACACGGGAACAAUGGUUACGGACGUAUCUGGUACUGUCUGUAACCGAAAGCCCUGCUGUGAAUGCAUACUUCAUGCGCGCCUUUGGAUCAUCUACAUCAUCCAUGAACCAGGACCAAACAGAUACGCUCGGAAUGACAGGCUUGCUGUACCUCAUGGAGAUCUUCGAUGCCAUCGAUGAAAGUGUUGUCGAAUGCUGGGCUGGUUACUGCAGAUACAGCGACGGCCGUUGCGAGACCUUUGAUCGAAGACAGGCGAUCCGAAUGUUCCGCGCCCAACGACGAGCUCGAGAAGGCUGUCUUGUCGGUCGUCUGUCUUUCGAGCCAACAGCAUCGCUGCUACCACUUGGACGGCUGUUGGAAAGUCAGCAAGCUGACAUAUCUAUAACACAAUUCUGGCUGUCUAACCGACUCUGGGAGCUUUGCAUGUCACAUGGAUUAUUACUCGAAUCUUCUGAUCACCCCGAGCUGUGCUUACACUACGCAUAUCAUGUUGCCCAUGAGCUCCUCAUGGUUUGCGACGUCAUGAAUCUAGCUUCGAUGGAGGUACACGGCGUCGGCUUCGUCGAGAAAGUGUAUGAUAUUGCCAUGAGUUUGAUCAAAGCAAUGGAUUCUUCAACACAAAUGACUCUCGAAUCGAGCUUUGCCAGACUCAACACGCUUACAGAAGAUGUUCCAGAGCUUUGUCCCACGAUCAAAGUGCUUCUCAGUCGGUUUUACGAACUCAUGAAGAACUUCCGCGGAGGUGAUCACGAGUAUGCAUCCAGAUUCGCGGUGGCUUUGCGCAACAUACCAGAGUACGACAUCUCAGUGUAA